AUGUCAGGUAGACAAGAUAAACUGUUAACGAAGUAUAAAAUUGUGUUUCUUGGUGAGCAAGGUGUUGGUAAGACAUCGUUGAUCACUAGAUUCAUGUAUGAUACAUUCGAUGAUAAUUACCAGGCGACGAUUGGUAUAGAUUUCUUGUCGAAGACCAUGUACCUCGAUGACAAGACUAUCCGUUUGCAAUUAUGGGAUACUGCAGGUCAGGAAAGAUUCAGAUCAUUAAUCCCUUCCUAUAUUAGAGACUCAAGAGUGGCAAUUGUAGUAUAUGACAUUACUAAGAGGAAAUCGUUUGAAUUCAUUGAUAAAUGGAUUGAAGAUGUUAAGAAUGAAAGAGGUGCAGAGAAUGUAAUAUUAUGUGUUGUUGGUAAUAAAAGUGAUUUGGCAGAUGAAAGACAAGUCACUGCUGAGGAAGGUGAAAAGAAGGCCCAGGACCUGGGAGCAAAAAUAUUUAUGCAAACCAGUACUAAAGUUGGUUAUAACGUCAAGAACUUAUUCAAGAAAAUUGCCAAGUCUUUACCAGAAUUCCAAGAUUCAGAUGCAAAUCCGCUAGAAAACACUGGCGGAGCAGCAGGAAACAGGAAUUCCAAUAAAGCUGGUGUUAUUGACAUUUCUACUACUGAUGAAGAUCAAUCACAAAGUGGUUGUCAAUGUUAA